UCUUCUUCUUCAGUACGCCUGGUCUGAGAUGAUGAAGGAUGCCAGAUUAGAUGAUCAACAGUGAGGGUUUUACGAUACCAGCCCUCCCGUAAGGAUGGAGGAAACAGCAGCCAAAACAAGUCUUUCAGAAGGAGGGAAGGUAAAGGAAUCCUCUUCAAGGACCCUCAUCCAUCAUGAGAGACCUCCAUCACCUGUGCCCACUUGUGUGUCCAUGAAGAGUGACAUGUCAGCGGAUCGCUUUAUCGACUUCCAGAAUGAAGAUUACACUGAUGCAUCAAGGACCCUCAUCCAUCAUGAGAGACCUCCAUCACCUGUGCCCACUUGUGUGUCCAUGAAGAGUGACAUGUCAGUGGAUCGCUUUAUCGACUUCCAGAAUGAAGAUUACACUGAUGCAUCAAGAGGCCAGAUGCAGGAAUGGGACCCAGAUGCUGUCAGUGACCCGUUUACCAAGUCUCAACAGGAGGACCUGAAACACAUAUUCCAGGUGUUAGAGGAGAAGAUCAUCACCUUUGUGAAGAAUGAACUGAAGACAUUCAAGAGGAUGCUGAGUCCAGAUUACCAAGAGAACUUUGAGAGUAAAGAGGAUGAGGAGAGUGAGGUCAGAGAAGGGGCUCUGAAGAUGGCACUGCACUUCCUUAGGAAUAUGAAGCUGAAAGAUCUCGCUGACAAACUGCAACAAAAUGAGCUGGACAUAGUUUGUCAGACUGAGCUCAAAAGAAAUCUCAAGAACAAGUACCAGAGUGUUUUUGAAGGAAUACGCAAGCAAGGAAGGUCUGCUCUUCUAGACAAGGUCUACACAGAGGUCUACAUCACAGAGGGAGGAAGUGGAAAAGUAAAUGAAGAGCAUGAAGUCAGACAGAUUGAGUUAAAAUCCAAGAGACCAGCUGGACAGGAGACAUCAAUCAAAUGCAGUGACAUCUUUAAACCCUUACCUGGCCAAGACAAAUCAAUCAGAAGUGUCGUCACAAAAGGAGUUGCUGGCAUUGGUAAAACUGUCUCAGUUCAGAAGUUCAUCCUGGACUGGGCAGAGGGAAAAGAAAACCAGGAUAUCCACUUCAUAUUUCCAUUACUGUUUAGGGAGCUCAACCUCAUGAGAGAAAAACAGCUCUCUUUGAUGGAUCUUCUCCACCACUUCUUCACAGAAAUAAAGCAGUCAACUUUUCCCAGCCAAGGGAAGUGCAAAGUGUUGUUCAUCUGUGAUGGUCUGGAUGAAUGUCGACUCCAACUAGACUUUCAGAAUAAUGAAAGUUUGACUGAUGUGACAGAGGUCACCUCAUUGGACGUACUUCUGACAAAUGUCAUCAAGGGUAAACUGCUCCCCUCUGCUUUACUUUGGAUUACCUCUCGACCAGCAGCAGCCAAUCAAAUCCCGCCUGAGUGUGUUGACCGGGUCACAGAGGUACAAGGGUUCAAUGACCCACAGAAGGAGGAGUACUUCAGGAAGAGGAUCAGUGAUCAGAAUCUUGCCAGCAGAGUCGUCUCUCACAUCAAAUUAUCAAGGAGCCUCCACAUUAUGUGCCACAUACCAGUGUUCUGCUGGAUUGCUGCUACUGUUCUUGCGGUGAUUCUUGGCUCUUCAGGAGGUGGACAGAUUCCAAAGACUUUGACAGAGAUGUAUACCUAUUUCCUUAUUUUUCAAACCAAACAGAGGAGCCUAAAGUUUGAAAAUGUGCAUGACCUUGAUCCACAGUGGAACCAGAAAGUUAUCUUUGGUCUCGGAAAGUUGGCAUAUGAACAGUUAGAGAAGGGUAAUCUGAUUUUCUAUGAACAAGACCUAAAAGAGUCUGGCAUUGAUGUCAGAGAGGCAGCAGUAUGCUCUGGCAUCUGCUCCCAGAUCUUUCAAGAAGAGUCAGGGCUUUAUCAAGGAAAGGUUUUCUGUUUCGUGCAUUUAAGUAUCCAGGAGUAUCUUGCAGCUUUGUAUGCUCUUCUGAUGUUAAUAAUGAAAAGGAAAGACCUCAUUUCUCCAAAGCAAGCCCUCAGAAAAGGCUUUCAGCUUUGGGAAAGGAGAUCAGUGCACAAAUCCAUGAUCAUCUUACACAAGAGUGCCAUGGACAAAGCUUUGGAACAUGAAGAUGGACGCUUUGACCUAUUCCUCCGUUUCCUUCUUGGCCUCUCUCUGGAGUCUAACCAGACUCUCCUGCAUGGCCUACUACAGAGAGGACAAAAUCAGAUGGGCAAUGAAGAAACAAUCAGUUACAUUAAGGAAAAGAUCGGAAGAGCACACGUCUGAACUGCAGUCA